CAUUGUCGAGCGUGCACACUCAACGAACAUUGUGUGUGUGUUUUUUUUUCGUCGCUCUGCUUCUUCUUCGUUUCAAUCUUGCUUUUACUGUCGAUAUUUUGUGUGUCGUUUCAAGUCAGUCAGUCAGCAAAAGACAUCAUCUAAAUGUAUACAUAAUCCAAAUUGUGCUCUCUACGACCGUAACUCCGUAAACACACACACACACCGAAUAAAAAAAUCCAGUGUAGUGCCGUUCUAUUCCGAAAUCCGGAUCCCAAUCAUUCAGUUUAAUGUGUGUACUUACAGUCGUAUUUUUGGACUUGAAAAAUUUAUACUGCGGCAAAAAUGUCUUAUCGAAUAAUUAAUACAAAAAAACUCAUCGAAUCGUCGUAAAUAAAUCGACGUCUGCGAAGCGUCACGUGAAUGACGGCUUUAUACUAUUUCGGACAAAAUUCAGUAAUCAUCAUCAACCAUUCGAAAAGAUGCCCGGUUUAAUUGUGUUUCGAAGGCGCUGGUCCGUUGGUUCAGACGACCUCGUUGUUCCCGGCGCAUUUUUAUUCACAGUUCAUUUGAUUUGGCUUAUCAUAUUGUCGUUGUCAGUUAUAUACUUAGAAUAUGAUAUGUCCAACAAACCCAUAGAGCUGUUGUUUUUCUAUAAAAUCGGAUAUAUUUGCAUACUUGUUGUUUCGAUAACUAUAGAGUUGGGAAUAUGUAUUAUAUCAAUGCGAGGAAGCAUUUUAGAUACGGCGCCUAGAGUCCACAUACACUACUGGCUAUAUUCAAAACUAGCUAUGAUUAUUGUAGAUGUAACGUGGCUCACAUUGGGCGUAGUGUGGCUCUUAAACUACUAUAUGUCCGUGCAAAUUGGUGAAGCCAGAGAAAUUAUGCUCGGAUUAGUCAUAUGUAACUGGGCUGUUUUACUGAGUAUUUUUAUAACAAUAUGGUGUACGUUCGAUGCGGCUGGUCGUUCAUGGGUAAAAAUGAAAAAAUAUCAACGGUCAAUGAGAGAAAGUGAAUCUAGAUUUAACUACAAAAGGAGCGGUAGCAUGAAUCGUAAUUGGAGACAAAGAAAAGUAAUUCGAGCUUAUCAAGACAGCUGGGAUCACCGAUGUCGUCUGCUAUUCUGUUGCAUGAGCUCAUCUGAACGUAAUCACAACUCAUUUGCUGAUAUUGCACGUUUAUUGAGCGAUUUCUUUCGUGAGUUAGAUGUUGUACCGUCUGAUGUUGUUGCUGGUUUGGUGUUAUUGCGAAAAUUUCAAAAGGUUGAACGUCAACACAUUGUCAGACAGAAAAGGAACGGAACUUACGAGUUUUUAAGUGGUGUUCCAAUUACCGAACGAACACAAUUCCUUCGACUCAACGAUCCCAAAGACUAUGAAUGUUUUCAGAUGGUCAUACAUUACAUGCACUACGCUCUCAGCGCGUAUGGUUGGCCUAUGUUCUUAAUGACACACUCAAAAACUGGAUUGUGUCAACUAUGCACAAAAGUUCGAUGCUGUUGUUUCUCAUGUUGUCGCAGUAACAAAGAAACCACUGAUAUUAUUGAUGAUAAUUGCUGUAAAUGCAACUAUGCAGCGAUGAAACGCAUGUUAAGUCAAACCGAAGCUGAAGUGAUUUAUACAACAUUUCAUGUUGACGUGGGUGAAACACCAUUUUUUGUUGCAGUUGAUUAUACAAAAGAAAAGAUUGUGGUGAGCAUUCGGGGAACGUUGAGCAUGAAAGAUGUGCUUACCGAUUUAAAUGCAGAAGGUGAUGUGUUACCACUUGAACCGCGUCGCGAUGAAUGGGUCGGGCAUAAGGGUAUGGUUCAGGCGGCUGUCUAUAUUCGUAAUAAAUUGGAGGACGAAAAUUUAAUUCAACGAGCACAACAGCAUAAUCUUGAGCGAAAAACCGAUAAAUUCGGUUUGGUGUUGGUUGGACACUCGCUUGGUGCUGGGACAGCAGCGAUUUUGUCAAUUUUAUUGAAACCACAAUAUCCAUCGAUCCUAUGUUUCUCAUAUUCGCCACCCGGAGGAUUAUUGAGUAUGCCAGCGGUUGAGUACUCAAAGUCUUUUAUAACAUCGGUGGUUGUGGGUAAAGAUGUUGUGCCACGUAUCGGUUUAUAUCAAAUGGAAGCGCUUCGAGCUGAUUUAAUAAAUGCUAUAAAACGAAGUGUUGAUCCAAAGUGGAAAACUAUCACAUGUUCGAUGAUAUGCUGCUGUAAUAUCCUGCCAACAUCGGUGCUUGAAAUGAGCAGUCACGAUGCCCAUGUAAAUAACUACGAACAGGAGAGAUAUACCGCCCGCAAAGCUAGCACCCAUCCGAAUGACAGUUCAAUUGCGCUGACACUACACAAUCCAUUGUAUCCACCUGGAAGAAUCAUUCACAUCGUUCGUCAUCACCCGAGUCCCGAAGAACAAAAAUACGAGCAAGGCUGGAGACAAGUAUUGAAAACUCAUGAGCCGGUGUAUCAAGCCAUUUGGGUGGAUAACAAUGAUUUCGAUGAAGUGCUCAUCUCGCCAGCCAUGAUACAGGACCAUAUGCCUGACACUGUCUUAGCCGCGCUUAAUAAAGUUAUAACAACGCAUGGUCCGCGAAAGCCACAACGUCAAUCAUCGAAUGUUAAUUUAUCUAUUGAGUCUGAUCUAAAUAUGAUGAUGACGCCAAAUAAUUCGCAACAAGUGUGUUUAGAAACAUCAUUUACAAGCCUUCAAAGUCCUGGUGAACCAUUUCCAUUAAUCUCAUGUUCAAGCAAAGCAUCAUCGAUGGCCGGCAGUUUAUUCAGUCGAAGUCAAUUAAAUUCAAUAUUACAUUAUGAUGGUACGGGUGAUGAACAUUUGAUCGCACGAAGUACAUCAGCUGUGCCGAGUGAUGCAACCACUGUGAUAUUAGCCGAUCACUCGUAUCGAACAAAAAGUGUUGCAUUUGAUAUAAAAAGUUCGACUGUAUCGACCACAUCACCGUCACCCAAUUUCUUCUUAAAAAGCAUUCUACAUCGCCAAACCAAUGAGGCAAAACGAAAAGUGAACGUUGAAGGGUCGCAAUCACGGCGACCACCACCACGACGGAUUGAGUUUGCAAAAGACGAUUGUCUUGGCAUGGCACCACUUGCCAGCCCCGAAACACUUUCGGAAAUAUCAAGCAUCAGCUCUCGUACUAGUUUAGCAUUUAAUUUGGCAUCAUCAAUUGAAAACUAUUUGCAUCGAAUAAAUACAAUGCCAUCGAAUGCAAAUCAUAUCGAUCUAAAUGAUUGUGAUCUCAUUGAAUCUCAGUUACAUACACCAAAGGUGAUGCGAAGAGCACCAAAAAUAACUGGCAAUCUAUCAACAUGCGCUGAUGAUUGGCAAUCGGUUGACAAAUACAAGCGAAUGGGAAAAAUUUUCAUCACAAAUCCAGUGCCUUUGUUAAGCAGCAAUUCAAGCGGCGAUAGCUUUGAGUCAACGCAUAGCCUCACUAAAUCGAAAUGCUGUACAACGAAUCCAACGGAAAAUUCCAGCAGAUCAGCAGAUAAUUUGGAUAACGAUACACCGAUCAAAGCAUCAUCGAUUAACACAAAUAAAUUGACAAUGAGUGACAGUGCCAUAUUGGAUGGAUGUAAUUCAAAGUGUCCACGUUGUCCGUGCACACGAUCAACAUCAUCGUUACGCGUUCCAUGUUGUCGACGCAAUGAUCAUAGUUGGUGCAUGGAAAUGCCAGACGAUCCAUCACAAAAUCAAACCAGUUCAAGUGAUACGUAUCACAGUGCAUUCUCAUCAUUGGCCACCAUCGAAACGUAUCCGUUACAACGACCAUUGCCGUGUGGCGUUCUUGAAUCACAUUUUCCCGUUUAUUCGGAUAAUGCAGGUAAUGAAGAAUCAACAUCAUUAUUACCGGCCAGCGUUCGAUCCUCGAAAAUUGUCCGAGUGGACAACAAUCGGCACACGAAUAAUGGGAAAAAGGAUGCCGGUUUCAAACGAUAUGCCAACGAUUAUGAAAAUGAACGGCGCGUUUCACGCAACGAUUCCCUUCCAUUGCUUGCAAAUUUAGUUGAACGAAGUUCACCAAAUAGCUUUAAUCGACGCAGAAAUCAUACUGUUUAUCCAAUCACCUCAUCGCCGCCACGAUAUUCACCAUCCAAACGCACCGAAAGCAAUGUAUAAAAAUGACAACACUGCAACAUCUUCACAAUACAUGUAUACAUUUAUAAGUAGUGAAUCAGUUUUUGUAGAGAAAUGGAAAAUGUCAACAGAAAUGAUAACAAUACAAUUGUGCUCAUUUUUAGUCAUUUAUUGUGCCAAACUCAAUUGAGCUAAUUGACACGAUUCUAUUUAAAGAAGAAAAAUAAUGUCCUUGCACGCUUUAUUUACACACACACACACAAACACGUCGACUAACAUGUCCAUCGUUUAUUUGGAUAAUAACAAAAAAAUAAUAAUCAGCGCGCAUCAUCUUUAUACUUUUGAGAUAAAAAAAAAUGUAUCUUAAUUUUCAAGAUUGAUCGGUCUAUAGAUACAAACUUAUAUUUAAAAAAAAAGAGACAAUUGAACCGUGUAUGAAAAUGGAAUUGUUUGAUUUAUAUGUUAUUUAUGAAAAGUGUUUAAGAAUGAAGUAAAAAAAAGAACCAUCUAUCGACUGGUCGAUUCAAGAGAAAAAAUACCGUGUGAUUUAUAUAUUUAUUUCAUUCUUUUUUUAGUUUAUAAAUUUGAGCUUUAAUCGGUGGAAAGAGGUCUUUCCUUAGGUACUUAACGACCAGCUCGAUUUGUCUCGAUUAUAAUGAAUAUUUAUGAAAAAAAAGAAUUGAGUUUACAAAUAAAAAAAUAUAGUCAUUUUUUCAAAAAAAAAAAUCGUUUCAAAAACAGAAAUUAAAGUCCAUGACGAUUGGUUUCAUUGAAGCGACGAUAAACUGAAAGAAUAAUACAAUUAAACAAUAAACCGAAAUGUUCUGUGGUUCUAUGUAGUUUAAUGUUUGAACUGUUAGCGAAGAAAAAGUAAAAUGUUUUAAAGUGUACUGUCCAUCCUUGAAAUAUAAUUGUGUGUCACCCUCCCCCUUCUCCUCCGCAGAGAUUAGAGAUAUAAAUAUUAGAUAAAUUUACCAGUACCUAGCCAACCUAGCCAACCUAUCUAAAAUCACUUCACACCAAUAACACUAGAAAAUUAAUUCAAUAAUUUAGAAAUAACGAAUAGAAAAACAACUUUUAAUGUCUUUCUCCUUCCAAUGCUAAUUCUAAAUUUCAUACCAAUUGCCUGAGUGAACACUUUCAAUCUAACUUUCUUCUCAGCUUCUUCUGAUCUACACACAAAUACGUUUCAAUUAAAUAAUUUUCUAUGAAAUGAAUCGAAUAUUGACACAAUCAUACUGUGUCUACAGAUAAUUUAUGAUUAUUUUAAUAGUAGAAUGGUAAAUCAAGAGAUCUGCAUCAUGUAUAUGUAUGUUUUGUUUAGUUUCUAGAGGAUGCUGUGCAAUUACCGGACCGUUUACAUUGUGUAAACAAUAAAUCAAUAAAAAAAUAUAUGAUAAUGAAUUUUUUUAUAAAAAAAAUUGAAAUUACCAAAUAAGUGAUUAGAUGUAGAUGGAAAAUGGAAUGUUUAAUUUAAU